AUGGGGACUACAGCUUCACCCGAACGGCCGCCCCUAUGGGUGGCUCAAUUACCUCGUACUAACAAUGGAGAACUUCGGAUUCGCCGUUUGAUGAUUGCGAAUCGAGGCGAGAUAGCUAGUCGAGUGAUCAAGACAUGCCGAAAACUCAAUAUCACCUCAAUAGCCAUAUAUGCUUCGGAGGAUGCAUCGUCUCAGCAUUGCACUGAGGCCGACGAGGCAAUAAACUUAGGAUCUAUCGAACAGCCCACAGGCAAUCCGUUCCUGAACAUUAAGGGCCUGGUGAAGAUAGCCUUGGCAUGUAAAGCUGACGCAAUCCAUCCAGGAUAUGGCUAUUUGAGUGAAAAUGCACAGUUUGCGGAUGCUGUGCGAGACGCUGGCAUAAUUUACAUUGGCCCAAACUCUCAAGCAAUACUUACCCUUGGUGACAAGAGGUCUGCCAAGGAGUACCUCCUAGAGCACGAACCAAACGUUCCUCUCAUCCCAGGCUACACUGGAUCAUUCUCGGGUAUAGAUCUGGAGGAACAAGCGUCGAAAAUCGGCUUCCCAGUCAUGGUGAAAGCUUCUGCUGGUGGAGGUGGAAGAGGAAUGCGUAUAGUUAGGGAUCAGACCAGUCUGCGAGAUGAGGUUGAAUUGGCCCAAUCCGAGGCACAACGAUCGUUCGGAUCUUCAGAUUGUAUCCUUGAGAAGUAUAUCGCCUCGGGAAAGCAUGUUGAGGUACAGAUAAUGGGUGACAGUAGCGGAGAAGUCAUCUCGCUAUGGGAGCGAGACUGCUCGGUCCAGAGACGGCAUCAAAAAGUCGUGGAAGAAAGCCCGUGUGCCUGGUUGAGCCAGGAACAGCGCGAACGAAUUUGUGCAGCAGCAGUGAAAAUCGGAAAGCUCUUGAAGUAUGAAGGAGCAGGAACUGUAGAGUUCAUGGUCGACAUCCAGACCGGAGAAUUUUACUUCUUAGAAGUCAACGCCAGACUUCAAGUCGAACACCCCAUUACCGAGGAGUGCACUGGGCUGGACAUUGUGUCUCUUCAGCUAUACGUGGCAAGUGGUGGGCUCCUGAGGAAUAUUGAGGCGUUUGAUCGUAUUCCGCAGAACGGGCAUGCAAUUGAAUGCCGAUUAUGUGCAGAGGACCCGGAUCAAAACUUUGCGCCUCAAAAUGGCCUUGUUCGUCUGUGGAAGCCUUCCCCUGAAUACCAAGGAAGAGAUAUACGGUACGAGACCGCUAUAAGCUCUGGGGGCAGAGUUUCCAUUCAUUUUGAUUCCAUGAUUGCAAAGAUUGUCGUCUGGGCACCAACCCGGUCAUUGGCGAUCCAGAAGAUGGUAAAAGUUCUCGCAAACACUGCUUGUAUGGGUGUUCGCACAAAUCAGCUCUUCCUCCAGGCAUGUCUCACUCACUCGAGCUUCAACGAAGUGGACUAUACCACGGCGUUCAUUCCGGCGAAUCUUGACGAACUUCUCAAAUAUCCCGACAGAUUGCUCGAUCAUCAAAUGCAGACCAAGUUAUCGAUCCUGGCCCCGCUUCUAGGCAGAACAAUGGAAAACGCACAUAGAAAGAGAAAUGGCAGAUCGGUCUUCAAAAGCAUCCGGCCUGGAUUUCGAAAUCAGCCGUACGAUAAAGUGAACGUUCACAGCGACAUUGUUACCAAGUACGAUGCCAUCGCCAAUGGUGAGAAACAACCACGGAUUUAUUCAUGGAGCUAUGGUCAUGGAACCAUAUGCAGAGUUGGUACGGUGCCAGAGGUUCUGAAAAAAGAAGAUCAGAGCGACAAGCAGUCAGCCACAUCAGCAGUCACGAAUGCAUAUAACCUCCUGAGCACAUCAUUAAGAAAUGGGCACUUCCGUGGUUCUGAGGAGUUCGAUGUCCAUAUACACUCGCUCAGUGCCGAGACAAUUGAAGCCGAAUACGAGCAAUCCUGGAAAGUGGGUAAAAUUGUUGCCUCCGUCAACCAAACUCUGUUUGAGGUGACAUUGGCAACGGAAGACGUUUUCGAAGCCACCUCGGAGAUUGACACAGCCGGAUCGAAAAAGAUAUACUUGCACCUUCCAACGCUUGGGACAUACAUCGAAUAUCGGUGCUACUCACUCCUUUCAUAUUAUGAGAGCCAGCGUUCUGCUGCUUCUGGAGGUGCCGAAGCUGACGGAGGGGCCAUCACGGCACCAAUGCCAUGUAAGGUGCUGAGGGUCCUAAAAAAGAAUGGAGAUUCUGUCAAAACGGGAGAAAUCGUACUGGUCGUGGAGAGUAUGAAGAUGGAGAUUAAUAUAUCGGUAUCCAGGAAUGGGAUAUUUGAGACCUCAGUCCGGCAGGGCGAUGGUAUUGACCAGGGAGUGGUCUUAUGUCUUGUGCAUGACGAAGAGGUAACAAAAAGUUGA